UUCCAGUUCAUCCUCGCCUGGUGGUCGUCGGUUGUGAAUGAAUUGAGAUUCUAUCGUCUUCGCCGAUUGGGUGAAUGGCUUGAAGCCUUAUCAUUAGGAAAUCCCGAGAAAGUCUUCCGUCGUGUUGGAUUCGUUCACUCUUUCGCGGUCGAUGUGGCUGCUCUAGCUUGCGCAUAUGGCUGUUGGAGUCGCGAGGUUUUGGAUAUGGUGGAUUGGUGUUACUCCUUCUUUUGACACUUCUCUCUCGAUUUCCUGACCAUGCGCCUCUACUUCUACAAUCUAUUCCAACACACUGCUGCACUCUUGUUAUACACCCCCAGUCGGCAUCUACGAAACGAAACCUAGCAGAUAGACCGUCAAUCAUACACAACGCAGCCAUGGCAGGUGGCAAAGGAGUCUCCACGUUCCCUUUGGUCCGGAUCUCGCCUCCGCAUAUCAACAUUGACCUCCACAAUUCAUUCGAUGAGGUGACCCAACGCACGGUGGAUCAGAUACUGUCAGACGAGGCAAGCUUUGAGAACAGCUUUGACGACUAUAGCGGUAGCGAUGGUAUAAACGGAGAGGAUGACAUGACACGAAGCGGGGGUGACCACACCUCGGCAGUCACCGCUGCUAGGCAAUCUGCAAACGUGGACUCGCCUUAUUUUCCAAGCAAAAAGCGCUCUAAGACCCAGAAGGCGGCACAGAGACACAUCAGUCGCAUCGACUCCAAUGACGAAGAAAACGAUACCGAGUCUAGUGCGAGUUUGGUUGGGCCUAAUGGACACACGAUCGUCGAUGAUGGCGAAACUUUGGAUGACGCCUCCGAGGAGGACAUCGUCUUCGCGUCUGUGGACCUAGAUACGAGGAUGGACCUGCUUACCUUCAUCAGCUCACACCCCUUCAUGAAAAAAGGCGAAUAUCCUGUGCUACGAUCCGCGCGACGAAAAUUCGUUCGUGAAUUACGUCGAAAGAGUCGAUCGCUUGGUAUGGAAGAGGCUGAUCUCGGAAAGCUGAUUGCAUAUGUCAAGAAGAUCUACCUUGAGCUGUAUGGGAAUGGCCAGAUGAGUCUGGAUGGUUCUGGAUUUGGCGAGGAGAUCAAGGAUGGGCAAACAAGCCCGCCGAAGUUGUCUAACAAGGACAACAAGAGGAAGCGAGGCGCCGGCAAUGAACAGGAGACAACAUCGAAACAGGAGGAAAAGAAGACUACAUCGAAGAAAAGAAAGUCGCUCGAACCCAUCACCAAUGGACACCGUAAAAAGCGUGAAGCUGAUGGACCGGACGCGAACAAUUCGACCGCGAAGCCUCCCGCGUCUCAUUCCAAGGUCAGCCGGGAAAGAACUAAAGAUGCCGCUAAGGGCAUGCCGGCAAUUACUAUUGAUCUAUGCCCGAGUGGUAACGAAAGUCCCGAGCCAGUCACCACGCAGAAUGUCCCGGUCAAAUCUCCAAUUGCUGGACAGGCCGCAGAUAGACAUAAUGAUGAGAAUCACAGACUUCCAUCACCGCCACAUUCUGAGGAAGGAUACAAACAAAGCUCUGUUGAGAAAAAGACCACUCAAUCCGAGGAGGCGAAUGCCGAAACACUCCCAUCGCAGCAAGCAUCAAUUAAAAGGUCCAUGACACUUCACUCUUCUCCCAAAUUCCCAGGCCAGCACACCAUUCGUGAUUCGGAGGACGAGGAGGACGAGGGUGAGGAGGAUAAGAAGACUGGACCAUCUCAGCCUGUUUCGGCGAAAGAUGAACUCCCCUCGGCUACGCAAGCCAAGCAGCCUGAAUCCCUGCAGAGCGAUAUAACGCAGCAUCCCGAUCGUGUGCUGUCCAAGAAAGAAAAGAAUAGAAGAAAGCGUGAUAAUCGCAAACAGCGAAAGAAGAAACAUUUUCGCGCAAGCCUUACGAGCACUGAACAUGUCGCAUUGUCGACGAGUGCAGAUGACAUUCAACAAGGCCGUGAUUCUGAAGCAAAUCAAACAGCAAAGCCCAAUACCAUAGUGGUCGAUGAUCUUUCUAUCUUGGACGAGGCAUUCUGGAAUCUGGAGGAUUUUUAGAUACCAAUGAUUCGCAAAGUUCAACCACCAGCGAUGAGGUGAGGUCGAAGUAUUUCAUCGCCCCCCAGAAAUUGAAGAAAGGGAAUGUGCAUUGCGAAGAGAGAAGAAAUACCCACUCAAAGAAUGUUCUUGAUCGGAUACCCGAAGAAACCCGAAUUCUCCUAUCUAAGCUGGAUCUUUCAUCGGAUUUCCUUUCUACUGAUUCAGACUUGAGUGAUGUACCUAGCGGUUUCGAUGAUAUUUCAUUUGAUUACUCUCUCGAUGUCUCACCUAAUCAAAUACAGCGUGCACCAGAGGCU